AUGAGCUGGUUAGACCUGGGAACUGAAGUGCAGCAACAGGUUCACCCAAACCUUUCAGCAAAAGAAGAUUCCCUCUAUUACAUUGAAGAGUUAAUACUUCAGCUGCUAAACAAACUGUGUAUUGCUCAGCCACGGACUGUCCAAGAUGUAGAGGAGCGUGUUCAAAAGACAUUUCCUCACCCCAUAGACAAGUGGGCCAUUGCUGAUGCACAGUCUGCUAUAGAGAAAAGAAAAAGAAGAAACCCUCUCUUGCUUCCUGUGGACAAAAUACAUCCUUUAUUAAAGGAGGUCCUAGGUUAUAAGGUAGACUACCACGUCUCGCUCUAUAUUGUGGCUGUCUUGGAAUACAUCUCAGCUGACAUUUUAAAACUAGCUGGAAACUAUGUUUUCAACAUCCGACACUUUGAGAUCUCCCAGCAGGACAUUAAAGUAUCGAUGUGUGCUGAUAAGGUUUUGAUGGACAUGUUUGACCAGGAUGACAUUGGUUUGGUUUCUCUCUGUGAAGACGAGCCCUCUUCUUCUGGGGAGCUCAACUACUAUGACCUAGUGAGAAAUGAAAUUGCAGAAGAAAGGCAGUAUCUGCGGGAGCUGAAUCUGAUCAUAAAAGUAUUUCGGGAAGCUUUCCUAUCAAACAGAAAACUGUUCACACCUAAUGAUAUCGACGUGAUAUUCAGCAACAUUUCAGAUAUUCAUGAGUUGACAGUGAAGCUUUUAGGACUGAUUGAGGAUACUGUUGAAAUGACUGAUGAAAGUAGUCCUCAUCCUCUGGCUGGCAGCUGCUUCGAGGACCUGGCAGAGGAGCAAGCCUUUGAUCCAUAUGAAACUUUGUCCCAGGAUAUUCUGUCUCCACAAUUUCAUGAGCAUUUUAACAACCUAAUGGCAAAACCUGCUGUUGCUCUCCACUUCCAGUCUACUGCUGAGGGCUUUAAAGAAGCUGUCCGAUACGUCCUCCCACGACUCAUGCUUAUCCCAGUCUAUCACUGUUUGCACUACUUUGAGUUACUACAGCAAUUGCAGGAGUGCAGUGAGGAUGAAGAGGACCGGGAGUGCCUCAAACAAGCCAUUACUGCUCUCCUGAACCUGCAGUGCAGCAUGGAACGCAUUUACAGCAAAUACUCCCCAAGACGCCGGCCUGGGGAGCCAGUCUGUCGCUUCUAUAACCGACAGAUAAGAAGCAAGCACUUGGCCAUCAAGAAAAUGAAUGAAAUCCAGAAAAACAUUGAUGGCUGGGAAGGCAAAGAUAUUGGGCAGUGCUGUAAUGAGUUCAUAAUGGAAGGAGGCUUGACAAAAAUAGGAGCUAAACACGAACGCCACAUCUUCCUCUUCGAUGGUUUAAUGAUCAGCUGCAAAACCAACCACGGUCAGUCCCGGCUUCCCGGUUACAGCAACGCAGAGUACAGGCUGAAGGAGAAGAUCAUCAUGAGGAAAAUACAGAUCAUUGAUAAAGAUGACACGCCUGAAUAUAAACAUGCUUUUGAGCUGGUGUCUAAAGAUGAGAACAGUAUUCUGUUUGCUGCCAAGUCGGCUGAAGAGAAGAGUAACUGGAUGGCUGCUCUGAUUUCCCUCCAGUAUCGCAGCACGCUGGAUCGGAUGCUGGAUGCAGUGUUACUGCAGGAAGAAAAUGAACAGCCCCUGAGGUUGCCCAGCCCAAACGUGUAUCGUUUUGUGGUGGAAGACUCGGAGGAUAACACUAAAAAAACGACACUCAGAUUUUAUCACCUUCACCUCCUACUCAUCUCUACUAAGAAUAUAAACAGCAGACAAGGUCAAGAUGUGAUUUUUAUAAACUGUCACUUUACGUCAUUUCCUUACUGUAUCUUCACAGAUCCUAAUUUUGUCCGUACUUUCCUUACCACAUACCGCUCGUUUUGCAAGCCCCAGGAACUGCUGAGCUUGCUGAUUGAGAGGUUUGAAAUCCCAGAGCCUGAGCCCACUGAAGCAGACAGGCUGGCCAUUGAGAAGGGGGAGCAGCCCAUCAGUGCAGACCUGAAGAGAUUCCGCAAGGAAUACGUCCAGCCAGUGCAGCUCAGAAUAUUGAACGUUUUCCGUCACUGGGUCGAGCACCACUUUUACGACUUUGAGAGAGAUCUGGAGCUCCUAGAGAGAUUGGAGACGUUUAUUUCCAGUGUCAGAGGAAAAUCCAUGAAGAAGUGGGUGGAAUCAAUUGCUAAAAUCAUCAAGAGGAAGAAAGCUCAAGCAAAUGGGAUUAGCCACAACAUCACCUUUGAGAGCCCACCCCCCCCCAUCGAGUGGCACAUCUGGCGUGUGGGGCACAGCGAGACACUGGACCUGAUGACUCUGCACCCCAUCGAAAUAGCUCGUCAGCUGACACUGCUGGAGUCUGACCUGUACAGGGCAGUGCAGCCUUCUGAACUCGUUGGUAGUGUGUGGACUAAAGAAGAUAAGGAAAUUAACUCCCCAAAUCUCUUGAAAAUGAUUCGUCACACUACAAAUCUCACUCUUUGGUUUGAAAAGUGCAUUGUGGAAACAGAGAACUUUGAGGAGCGAGUGGCUGUGCUGAGCAGGAUCAUAGAAAUCCUGCAGGUUUUUCAAGACCUGAAUAAUUUCAAUGGUGUUUUGGAGAUUGUCAGUGCAAUGAACUCUGUGUCUGUGUACAGACUAGAUCACACAUUCGAGGCACUACAGGAAAGAAAAAAAAAAGUUUUGGAUGAAGCAGUAGAAUUAAGUCAAGAUCAUUUUAAAAAGUACCUAGCUAAGCUCAAGUCAAUCAACCCACCUUGUGUGCCUUUCUUUGGAAUUUACCUAACAAAUAUUUUGAAGACAGAAGAAGGGAAUCCUGACUUCCUUAAAAGACAAGGGAAAGAAUUAAUUAACUUCAGUAAGAGGAGAAAAGUGGCUGAAAUUACAGGAGAAAUUCAGCAGUAUCAAAACCAGCCUUACUGUUUACGAAUAGAGCCGGAAAUUCGGAAAUUCUUCGAAAAUCUCAAUCCUAUGGGGAAGGUACCAGAAAAAGAGUUCACAGACUACCUGUUCAACAAGUCACUUGAAAUUGAACCUCGAAACUGCAAGCAGCCACCCAGAUUUCCUAGAAAAACAACAUACCCCCUGAAGUCUCCUGGGAUAAGGCCCAAUACGGGCAGACAUGGCUCCACCUCUGGCACCUUGAGAAGCCAUCCACUGCCACUGGAAAAGGAACCCAGUAAGAUCAGCUUCAGUAGAAUCACUGAAGCAGAGCAUGAAUCAACAGUAUCAGCACCGACCUCUCCAAACACACCAUCAACACCACCAGUGUCUGCUUCCUCAGAGUUCAGUGUGUUUUUAGACAUUGAUCUCAACAGUUCUUAUGGUAACAACAGCAUCUUCGCUCCCGUCAGUUUGCCGCAGUCAAAGACUUUCUUCAGCUCGUGGGGUAGCUUUCCUAAACUAAGUGAUGAACCUCAAAACCCUCCUCCACUUCCUCCACGAAAAAAGAUAGAUCCGGAUGCUUCUAAUGCCAAGACUGAACAGCCCCAGGUCUCAUCAGACAGACCAAAGCUCAUUCAGAUCGAUUCACAAUUUGGAUCAUUCAGAUCAGUUCAGACCACAGAGAAUUCAGAUCAACCCACAAUUCGGCUCCAAGACAGCACCAGUAGCAGGAGCCUGGGCCACCCGCCCGCGCCCCCCGUCCCUCCCCGGCACAACUCCAGCCCUCAGCUGCCCAAACUGCCGCCAAAGACUUACAAAAGGGAGCUCUCCCACCCUCCUUUGCACAGACUGUCUUUGCUCGAGAACGCAGAAACUCCUCAAUGA